UAUGUGUAAUCGUAUCACUGAAAUAACUGGAUAUCAUCAUGUCGCCGUCGCAAGACGUUAACCGCUCCGGGAUGCCCUCAUUUGAGCUCGUUGGAUGGAAACUGGGAGCGUGCAUUCAUCGAUUUUUUCAGAUGUAUAGUUAAUAGUUGUACUUACUUUUGAAGCAAGCGUUACAGCUCCACUUUGCCGGAGUGUGGCGAAUGAUUCUACACUUCGGACAGUCGUGUCUCGUUUUGUUGCUAGAUGCAGUGCGACUUAUAUAUAAUCGCUUGCUAAAAUGGAUCAUUCUCUGAGUUCGCUCAGGCUUAUUCGUAAAGCUAAAUCAUCUGCGGAGCCAGACAGCAGUUUGAUUCGAAGAGGAAUGCCGACUUUUGAGAAAAAUUUGGCGACUGGUAGAGUACGUAACAGAUCGCAAAAUUUUGCCUGAAUGCCGUCUAAAAAAUUAUCAUUAUUGUCCGUUUACGGUGUAGUACUGAUGUACAAGGCGCAGUUAUGUACACCCGAUCAACGAUGCUAAAAUGAUGUAUAGCGGGUAGCCCUCGAUUAUUCAGUAUUUAUCAUGGAUAACAGCCAGGCAAUUUUGGAUAUUAAGUAUACCACCGCUCGGGAAAUAUACGCGCUGUCAAACGCUGGCGAAAUCUCGAUAACUGAUUCGAGAUGGGAAUGCGCACUGGUCGCUGCAAUUGCGAAGAAUGACAUACAGUUGAUUGAAGCGAUUCUUUGCUGCGGAAUUCCAAUGACCCAUCCGAUACUAAAUAUUAUUUCUCCGGAACAAAAAGAAGUGGCGGCGUUAUGCAAGAAAUUCUACCCCGAUAUCUGGAUGGCCGUGCGAACCGGAAACGUGAAACAAGUGCGAUGCCUGGUAAACCUCUGGCAUAAAGUUUCCCUGACUCGAAAUGGUCGAACUCUUUUCCAUUUUGCUGUGGACAAUGCCAACCCAUACAUCAUCAGUCUGAUCGGCGGCAUCGAAGCCACGAUGGAUAUUGCGCAUUUUGUUCUGGCCGGUGAUCUGGAGCGGUUACGCGCCGUUCGGAGCAACGGUCGCUACAUUAAAAGGACACUGAAGCAUUUCGGCCACAGCUGUGCACCGAUCCUGUAUUUUGCCAUUGUACAAAAUGAUUUUCAGUUGGUGGAAGAAUUGUGCCUUUACUUCUGCUCUAAAGGUGAUGACGAAAUGUUGGACCAAUACGGCGAAGAUAUUCCUCUUCUGUUCGUGGCCUUACAAAACGCUGUCGACACAUCAAUUGUCAAUAUUUUGGCAUCGCAUAUGAAUCGGCAUCUGUCGAAUGUGUGGUACCAGAGUAAAAAUAUUCUGCAGUUCAGUAUUGACCUCCACGUUCCCGUGGAAUGUUUUACCCAAAUUUUGCUGCUGGGUGGCGGGAAACUCCUUGCCGAACGCGAUGUAUUCAACCGGUCUGUGAUCGAUUAUGUAAAAUCACAAGAAAUUUGCCCAAAAUUAGCCGAACUGUACCGGACAGCAGUUGACAAUGUAGCGGAGGUGUGGAUGCGUAACAAGACUGUCGAUAUCGGUUGGUUGGCGGGGAAAGGAUUCGAUUUUUCUGCCAUAACAUCGGAUCAAUCAAAGUAUGGAGAAGUGUUAGUAAGCGUCCACCUUAUACAGCAAACCAUCUCUAGUAUGAGCUUCUGCAUCGAUACCGGUAAUUUUCAACAAUUCUGCUAUUUGGAAAGUCUCCCGAUACCCACGGAGGAAGUGUGGCCGGAUGUGGUGUGGUACGGUUGUCCAAUUGGGACUGGUCAAACUCUGCUACACCGGGCGGUCGUUAAAAAUCGCGCCGAUUUUGUGGAUCUCUUCUUGAAUCACGCAAACGUAGCUGAUAUUCCCCUUGACAAUUUUGGAGCAUCCGCAUUAAGCUACGCCUGUGCCGACAGUGAAUGUGGCGAAAUAGAGCGGAAGCUACUGUGCAGUGGAUUUGGCGAAUACAGCAUGGAUAAGACGGGACACGAUUGUGCCUCGUACCGCAUGAAGCGCGACACACCGGAAAUGAAAGUUUUUCUGUCAGAACUCUCAACUGGCUAUUACGGUGCAUCGCUCUUGUCAUUGCCAUGGACCACUGAUUCAGGCGCAAUAAUCCAGAACGGUAAUAAUAUGCGUGACUGGGGAUCCGUACCAACUGAUGCCGGAAACAAUGAGAUACACGGCCUUGACGAUGCUCACGAUCGUACCACGCUUUACCCAAGGCGCUCUGUAUCCGAAUCAGUUGGGUCACAAAAGAAUUCCUGGUGUAUUAUAAUGUAAAAUAAAAUUGAUUACCGUAAUACGUUUAAUGUUUUGCACUUACA